UGAUGAAAAGGACAGAUCUGCUGCUCAAAGCAGACGCAUGGAUCGAAGUAGUAGCAGAACACGCGAAAGCCAACGGGCCCAGUAUGUUGAUAGUCGUAUAAGAAGAGAAGAAUCUCCUGAACCAAUUUAUGAAGAAGGAAAGAGAGGGCGUGAUGCCGAGAAUAACGAUGAAGGGAAACGUAGACUUGAAGCACCAGAUGAGAGUUAUGAUGAUGAUAAGGGCAAAUAUGGUAAGAAACGAUCAGAAAUUUCAAGGCAUAGCCGUGAUGAUAAAAGGAGCAGACAAAGUGUACCAGAGAAACGUCACGAGGGUGAAAUACUCAAAGAUGGGAGCCAAAGGUAUAGUUUUGAAGAAACAAAAAGUCUGCACAGUGCUAAGGAAGCGGGACGAGAAGAUGAUAAAAAUAUCUACGAUAGUCGAGCCAAAAGGCCUGAAUUUUCCCAGAGCACUUAUGACAAGGAAAGAAGUAAACGUUCUGUACAGCAUAGUAUAUAUGUCUUUGAAAAAGAUAGAUCUGAGGAUGGAGAGGAUCGACGGAGUGCCGGAAGCAGUAGAUUUGAAGAGGAUAUUCCGAAAGCUGCUAGUGGCAGACAGGAUAAUUCGACAAGAUAUAGACAAACACACGAUAAAGACAGUGCAUAUAGUGAACCCAAAAGCCUAUAUAAUGUCCACAAAAGCAAAUAUGAAGAAGACGAGGAACCGGCUGAUAGUGCUGAGGAAGAGAGUGAUAAGAGAGAUAAAAAAGAGGAUUAUUUGGAAAAACGUAUUGAGCAGCGAAAUGACAUCACCAGGCCUCCCGAGUCAAGUCACAUCAAAGAGAAAAGGUCAGAACAAUCUUCUCCGGCUGCUCAACAACCUAUUCCUUUGGAAGGUCCAUAUUAUUAUAAAGUACACUCUAGAUCGUACGUUCUAACUGACUCAACACUCGACCGCAUAUGCGCAGAACGCGCAAAAGACCGGGAGAGAAAAAAUAACAAGAAAAAUGCAGCAGAUAUUUCACCACCUUUGCAAGGGCAACAAGAACCACCACCACAAUCAAAACCAACAACACCAAGGAAUCGAUCCCGAAGUGAAUCGCCCGAUCGAACUAGAAAAAGUGCUUGUGACAUUCGUAAGGAGCCUCAAUUCCAACAAUCAAAAACAACUACUCCCAGGGACCAAUGUCCUAUUGAUUCGCCUGAUGGGCCAAGAAAAAGCUUCCAUGAUCCUCCCAAGCACUCACCACCAUCGUAUCGAGCGGAUCGGCCAGUAAAUCAAACGAGAAGCUAUUCACCGGAACAAGGUGGAACCCCCGAAGAGAUAUUGAAAAUGGCUUCUAUUCAGCAUCAUUCUGAAAACGAAUCAUCAGACCGUAGACACAGUUCAAAUGAUGAGCGUCCUCAAGCAGCAGAUUACAGAGAAAAACCAACUUCAUCUCGUUCUCAUAUUCUUGAUGAUCCAUCCAAGACGCGAUCAGACCAUAAACUUCUCAAGAAACCUACCGCCGACUCGACAAAAUCGGGGAUAAAAUUUGGCUCGCGGUACGAAACAAGUGACUUAUCAACCAGCCAAUACGAAGAAAGUUCUUCUACUGAUCCCAAUAAGCCCAGAUACACUUUACAGGAUACUUCCUCGCAAAAAGUCUCGGAAUUAAUUAUUAAACACGAUCUUCAAGUAGCCCCCAAUACUGAGAGUAUGACGAGUGAGCCUAUGGGCUUGAUAACUCCUCCGCGAGAUGCAGUGACUGUUUCCCGGUACAGCAGGCAACCUUCCGGCAGAAAUGUCUUCAACAGUCGCCCAACGGAAUCAAUUAAAAUGACUAAGUCGCCGUUCACUAUAGCUUCAGAGACUUGUUCGCCAGAAACACUAGCAUCUCGAUCCACUUGGCGAAGUAAUUGUCACGCUUCAUCACAGCGGCCUGGCCGACAAUUAAGUCAAGAAUCGCGAUAUUAUCCAUCAGACCCAGACCGUCAACUUAAAUAUUCUGCUCCUGACGGCCGACAAAGGUCCCCAUCUAGAACGACAGGAGGAGAACAAAGAUCAGACUAUGAUUCAUCUCCGCCAAACCGUGCUUCAUCUACCGCACGCAGUGCACGAUUCCCUGAAAGUCCCAGCUCCCGAUCACCAUCAGUUUCUCCACAGCGCUCCUCUUCACAAAAGAGGUCACCAUCCCGUAUUCCAGCCUGUGGACGCAAAAACUGUGGGGCUCUGGGUGCAGUUGGCCUUUCCGUACGAAGUAUCGAUGUAGGGAGUAUUCAUAAAGUUAUUGACGAAUUGAGUGGUCGACGUCCCUCAACAGACUUUUUCGUGUCCGUCCUUCCUGAAAAGAUACAUUCAAAAACUUUCCGCGUCAACAUAAUCGACAAAGAAACUGGUGACCUCUUAGGUUACUUCUAUAUUGACGAGGAGAAAUUCCAUUUAGCAAGGACCCAAGGUGUUUUCGAUAAUUACUUAGCGUUGUAUGUGUUGAACUCCGUCGGCUCGAUAACUGACUUCAAAAGCACUAUGAUACCCAAAGCUAUGAAGAAAUAUCAGUGCUUAACGAAGUGUACGUGCGUUGAAUAAGGUCAAUCAACGGUAUCCGCUUGAUUUCUCAAAGGAAGUAUAUUGUUGGUCUUGUAUUCGAAAUUUAGGGUAGACCUGUUAUAACCAUUUAUUUAUAAGUACUGUAUCUU